CUCCGCUGCCUCGCAGGGAACUGCAUCCUCAACACCCAACCCCGGGACACCUCGGAGGCGCUGCAGCUGAACUUCCAGCAGAACAUCAGCGACACCAUGACGGUGCUGCCCAAGCUCUCCACGGGGCUCGACGUCAACGUGAGGUUCACGGGGGUCUCGGAUUUCGAGUACACCCCCGAGUGCAUCGUGUUCGACCUGCUCAACAUCCCCCUGUACCACGGCUGGCUGGUGGACCCGCAGGUGAGCGCCACCCCACAGCGGCUGGGGGACAUGGGAGAGACCCCAAAAGGGAAAAAGGGACCCCAGGAGAGACCCCUAGAGAGACCCCAAGCGCUGUCCCCAGGGCUGGUGGCCGAGCAGUUCCUGGAGUCCACGGCGUCCCAGCUGACGUUCCACGGGCUGUGCGAGCUGACGGCGCGGACCCGCGAGGGAGAGAUCGGCGUCUUCUUCCGCAACAACCACUUCAGCACCAUCACCAAGCACCGGGGCCACCUGUACCUGCUGGUGACAGACCAGGGCUUCCUGCACGAGGAGGGGGUGGUGUGGGAGAGCCUGCACAGCGUGGACGGGGACAGCAGCUUCUGUGACACCGAGUUCCACCUGAGCCACGCCGGGGACAGGGAC